GCGCGCUGUGUUUAUCAAAUGUACUUUAGUGUCGAAUGACCCGCAAACAACUGUUAAUAACCAGCUAUAAUAAUAACACUCAUAUUAGUAUAAUAACCGACGGCCAGCCUUCAUUCUGCGCGUUUAACCAGCAGGCGUCUGAUGGAUGAGGAUCUGUCUGAAGUGAGCUGAAGAACCGUCGUGAUGACCGCGGUCUGUCUGCUGUGUUUGUGCCACAGACCGGGACGUGUGUCCACCCUGAGCUGGAGGCCCGGGCGCGGCCGGAGGUUCUGGUUCUGCAGGGCGGGAUCGUACGCAAGCGUCUCGGCCUUCAGCACGUCGAUGCGCCGCGGGUCGACGGACCUGAGAUACCACGCGUCCCGUCUGAGGAGCGCUCUGGACUCGGCCUGGAAAGCAGCGACGCGACUCAAAGCCGAGAAGACCUCCAGCACUCCUGCGGCUCCGCCCCCCACACUUGUUGAGACUGCAACUGAAAUCCAGGAAGAGAAGGUGUGCAAAGUGACCGGAACAGCCCCGCCCACUACACAACAGGCUCCGCCCUCAGCAAUUGUUGCAACUGCAACUGAGAGCCAGGAACAGAAAGAGUGCAAAGUAACUGGAACAGCUCCGCCCACCACACCACAGGCCACGCCCACAGCACAGGCCACGCCCCUCUUCCACCCGGGCUCCCUCAGCGUGUAUCUGGGCGAGACUUACGACUAUCUGUCUCAGCAUAUCAACUCUUACUUCAGCAGCUUAACUAAACCCGGGUCAGAUGUCGCCCCGCCUGCGUCCUCUCGCCCGGAAACCUCUGUCUCUGUCGGUAAAGGACUCGGGAGUUACUUGAGCUCCUCGGCGCCGAGAGUCCAGGGCUUCAUAGGGAGCUACAUCACGCCGCUGGUCCCCCGGUUCAGAACGGAGCCCAGACGCGCACCGGUGGAGGCGGAUGAAGCUGCUUCUGAUGAAGCUGGACGCAGGGAAACGGUCCGGAGCAACGAUCAGGAGAGAGCCAGACGCCUGCUGCUCCAGAGAGAGAAGAUCGUGGCGCGGGUGUGUGUGGAUAACCGGACCCGGGCUCUGGUUCAGGCUCUCCGUCGGGCGUCAGACGUGCGGCUCUACAUCCGGCGGGUGGAGGAUCUCAGUCUCCAUCUGCUGGAGUUCCCAGAAACACGAUUCGUGGCCGUCCAGGAGCGUGCGAUCCCGUGUCUGCUGCGUCUGCGUCAGGCCGGGGACGUCUCUCUGCAGGCCGCGGUCAGAAAGGCUCUGGCUCUGCUGGGCUUCACGGAGGCUGUGAAGAAGCGAGGCGUCCGGAUCCUGGCCAUCGACGGAGGAGGAACCCGGGGUCUGCUGGCCCUUCAGACGCUGCGCCGCUUACAGGAGCUGUCAGGAAAACCUGUUCAUCAGCUGUUCGACUACAUCUGCGGCGUCAGCACAGGUGCGAUCCUGGGCUUCAUGCUGGGCAUCUUGAAGAUCCCUCUGAAGGAGUGUGAGGAUCUGUACAGGACGCUGAGCUCAGACGUCUUCAAGCAGAACCUGAUCGUGGGAACGAUGAAGAUGAGCUGGAGUCACGCUUUCUACGACAGUGAGAUCUGGGAGACCGUGCUGAAGGAGAAGAUGGGCUCGGAGCUGCUGAUCGAGACCAGACGCGACUCCGACUGUCCCAAAGUGGCGGCGGUGAGCACUGUGGUGAACCGCACUCCUCCGGUGAAGGCCUUCGUCUUCAGGAACUACAGGCUUCCUCUCGGGGUGCGUUCUCAUUACCGCGGCUCCUGCAGACACCGGCUCUGGGAGGCCAUCCGCGCCUCCUCUGCUGCUCCGGGAUACUUCCAGGAGUUCGCUCUGGGUCACGACCUGCACCAGGACGGCGGGAUGCUGAUCAAUAACCCCACGGCUCUGGCCAUCCACGAGUGUCAGUGUCUGUGGCCGGACGUCCCGCUGCAGUGUGUGGUGUCUCUGGGGACGGGACGCUUCCAGACGACCGGAAGAACCAGCGUCUCCUACACCAGCCUGAAGACCAAGCUCAGCCACGUCAUCAGCAGCGCCACCGACACCGAGGAAGUGCACGCUAUGCUGGACGCUAUGCUCCCGCCGAACACGUACUUCCGCUUUAACCCGUACAUGAGCGAAGACGUGGCUCUGGACGAGAGCCGGCAGGAGAAGCUGGAGCAGAUGCAGGCCGAGGGUCUUCAGUAUCUGCAGAGAAACCAGGAGAAGCUCCAGAGAGCCGUCAGCGAGCUCUCACGAGACAAGAGCCCCGUCCAGAGACUGAGCGAGUGGCUGCGGCUCCGAGCGCUCAUGCACGAGAGCUUCUACAAGAGAUAGAGGACACACAACCUUCCCACGAGUCUCAGAUCAAACCUGCACACCAGAUGCACUCCAGCUCCGGGGUUCAUCAGGGACACACACUCAGGGACUCAGUUCAGAUCAUCAGGGCAAUAAACCGAUGUUUUUUUAUUUUAUUUGUAUGUAUUUAUUUUAAUUUUAUAUUUAUUUAUUUAUUUUUUAUUCAUAGGGUUAGGGUUAAUAUUAUUUUAUUUUAUUUUAUUUUAUUUUAUUUUAUUUUAUUUUAUUUUAUUUUUUUAUUUUAUUUUAUUUUAUUUUAUUUUAUUUUAUUUUAUUUUAUUUUUAUUUUAUUUUAUUUUAUUUUAUUUUAUUUUAUUUUAUUUUAUUUUUUUUUUUAUUUUAUUUUAUUUUAUUUUAUUUUAUUUUAUUUUAUUUUAUUUUAUUUUAUUUUAUUUUAUUUUAUUUUAUUAUUUUAGGGUUUGUGUUUAUUUUAUUUUAUUUUACUGAAACAAAGCUCACAAUAAAACUUUGAGAAUCAGGCAUCCAGAAAAUGACAAAGUCCAGUAAAGAAAAUAAUCAAGUCACAUUUAUUUCUAUAGCAGUUUAUACAAUACAGAUCAUUUCAAAGCAGCUUCACAGUGAUAAACAGGAAAAUAACAGUGUGAAUGUUGUAAAAUCCAAGCUGUAAAGCAGCUCUACAGAAGACAGUAGAAUCAUCAUUCAGUUCAGUUCAGAACUGUUUGAUUCAUUUGUAACCUGCUGUAGAGCAAGAGUUUGGAUUGGAAACAUUGAUGCAAAAUUGGACCGCUAGAAUCAUUAUAAAGACUUUAAAGCACUCUCACGGUUGAUCAUUUAUACGACCGUGAGAUGAUUUAUUUUAUAAAGGCAGCUCAUAUCUUUAUUUCACUCUAGGAAACCAAAUAAAGACUUAAACACUACAGUCUGUACCUACAAACUUAUGAAAAAUGAAUUUGCCAAGUCUAUGAACUCCUAUUAAACUAUAUAAUUUAUUUUAUUAAAAUAAAUUAAUGUUCACCUUUUAUUUGUAUUUAGCCUUCAUACAAACAAGAAAUGUGAAAUCACUGUCAAAUAAACAUCUCAGACUCACCUUAUUAAUAUUAAUAUCUUUAACUUCAAACUAUAGGCUAACAUACACCACCAGUCAUACGAUUUUAGUUUUUUAAAGAAUUCUCUUCUGCUCACCAAGCCUGCAUUUAUUUGAUCCAAAAUACAGCAAAAACAGUAACAUUUUGAAAUAUUUACCAUUUAAAAUAACUGUUUUCUAUUUGAAAAUGUAAGUUAUUCCUGUGAUUUCAAAGCUGAAUUUUUAGCAUAAUUUCUCCAGUCACAUGAUCCUUCAGAAAUCAUUCUAAUUUCUGAUUUGCUGCUCAAAACACAUUUAUUAUUAUAUUGAAAACAGCGGAGUAGCAUCUGAUUCUCUCCAGCAGGAGGCGCUCUGAGAGCGGCAGAACUAGCGGUUUCCACGGUAACGGCUGUAAUCUAAGCAGCUCCGCUCCUGAACGCUACUUUAUCAGAUAAAAUUAAAUUAUAAUAACAUCAAAACUAUUCUGAAGACAGUAUGUUCCCUUCAGAGAUACAUUCAUAUAAAUCACCUGCUUUUUGAAACGUGCAGUGCUCAUGUUUAUUCAACGAAGUCAAACGCCACAAUUAAACUAAUGUUUGGGAAACACUGGUAAUGUAUAUCGAAAUAUCGGAAAUGUGUUUAAAAAUCAUAUCACCGAUAUUGAAAAAAAAAAAUAUCGCUAUACAUAUUGAUAUUGCAUGAUUGUCCAGCUCUAGUCUAAGAGUUAGUUAUUUUUAUUAUUUUAAUAUUACUAUUUAGGUUUAUUAAUUUAUUUAAUUUGAAGUUUGUUUUAGUCAUUUUUUAUUUAUUUCCAGUUAGUACUUGAAUGCUUUGAUCAGUUUAUUUCAGUUAGUUUGCAAUGCAACAUUUCUGUAAUAUUAGUAUUUCAGCUUUAUUUCAAUUAACCCCCCGUGAACUCGUGCUCUGUAGUUUAAAACAUCUAGCUCAUGGUGACCUUUGACCUCUGCUGAUAGAGCGUCUCAGCAUUAUCGAGCUCCUUUAUAAGCCAGUGUUGUAUUUGUUUGAGUCUGUACUGUAAACCUCUCCACUGUCUGAAGCUCAGUAAAUCCCAGAAUAAAUGAAGUCGUUUCCAGAAAACACUGAGAGUGAAGCUCAUGAGAAGCAAUGAGACGCUUUCUGACGAUGAAGAUGAUGAAGAGCUGCUGUGAUGUAGUUUUAGCUUCUUAUUUGUUUUGUAACUGCUGAUCCUGAUAUUUCAGUAUAAUAAAUGAUGAUCUGUCA